GUGUCCUCUCCAGCUUGGCGCAAUUUCCUCUCACAGGGACCUCUGCCAUCGUCGUGUUUUCAGUGUGCGCGCUUGCCCGCAACGCUCCCGAAUAUGCAGGGACUAGGAAAGACCGAGCGCGGAGACCAAGGCCGAGACAUGGACCUGACGUCGCAGAGAUCCACCAUGCCGGUCGGCGGUCCCCUGCAGGGUGGUUCAUCCUCUAACCUGAACAUGAACCUGUACGCCACCAAGAAGACCGCGGCCGAGGGGAUGCUGGACAUUGCUCUCUUCCUGGCGAACAUCACACACAUGAAGACCGUCAUCGAGCAGGGUGCGGGAUACAGGUACUACGCAGCUGUCCUGACUCUCAUCUCCUUCUCACUGGCUCUCCAGAUAGUCGCCGGGAUCCUGAUCAUUGUCAUCGCACGCAGGGACCUGAACGUGGUGUCCAACCAGAGACGGCUGGACUACCUGAAUAACGUAGCGACGGGUGUCAUCUUCGUCACCACGGUCAUCAACUUCUUCAUCAGCUUCUUUGGGUCCAAGAGGACGGGUUUCUUCCGCUGGCUGCUCGCCCGGCUGCACUUCUGAAGAACAAAACAUAACAUAUAUGAUGGAUAAAUUAGAAUUAAAAAAAAUAUACACGACAUGAAUAUUUUAUGUGCUUGAGUGGAAUCAUUUUAACACGUUUUAACCCUUCCAUGCACCCUGUAACGUGAUAAGCUGUCCACUGUAGUAACCGCUGUCCCUGAAAGGGUUAAUUUCUUUCACGAGGAACGUUCAUUUUCAACAUACUAAUUUAAUGUGAAGGUGUUCUACAAGGUGCAUUUUGGACUCUUUGCAAGUGUUUUUUCAGCCCGAUUUAUCAGCAAAGGUGAUAAAUAAAUGUAUGGAUGAAACAAACGUGUCUUUGGUGUGCGUGUGUAUGUCACAG